UGGGAUUGCAGAUGUGCACCACUGUACAUGGACUUGAUGGUUGACUCAGCGUGCCCGUGGGUGGAGCUGGUGCUGCAUGUGGUGCUCGGGAUUGAACCCUGUUCCCUGUGCUUGCCUAAGCAGUGGGAAUGUAAGACCGAUUUGGAUAUUGCAUGCAGAUUUGGAAAAACUGUGGUGAGCUGUGAAGGCUAUGACUCCUCUGAAGACCAGUAUGUACUUAGAGGUUCCUGUGGCUUGGAGUACAACUUAGAUUAUACAGACAUUGGCCUGAAGAAAUUAAAAGAAUCUGGAAAACACCAGGGCUUCUCUUUCUCUGAUUAUUAUAAGCAAUACUCUGAAAAUUCCUGUGCCACUGGUGGAUUGGUUACCAUUGGAGUGCUGCUUACUAUCGCCUUUGUAGUUUAUAAAUUGUUUCUUAGUGAUGGCCAGUAUUCUUCUCCGCCAUACUCUGAGUAUCCUCCAUAUUCCCAGCAUCAUCAGAGGUUCACCAGCGGAGCCCCUCCCCCAGGCUUUAAGUCUGAGUUCACAGGACCACAGAGUACUGGCCAUGGUGCAGCUUCUGAUUUUGGAGGUGCUUUUUCAGGACAACAAGGAUCUGAAAAUUCAGGACCUGGGUUCUGGACUGGCCUCGGAACUGGAGGAAUAUUAGGAUAUUUGUUCGGCAGCAAUAGGGCAGCAACACCGUUUUCAGACUCGUGGUACCACCCUUCCUAUCCUCCUCCAUACACGAGCUCAUGGAGUAGUCGUGCUUACUCAUCACCUCGCGGAGGCUUAGGGGGCUAUUCGGCAUGUUCAAACUCAGAAACAAAAACCAGAACAGCGUCAGGAUAUGGCGGUACUAGACGACGUUAAGAAAGUUGAAGUGGAACACUGGAGACAAAAUUUCUGAAUUUUUGUCACGUUCUCUUUUAAAAAAGUGCUACCUGCUAACUUCUAGGGAAGUGGAAUAUUCAAAAGUUCUGUGGUGUUUUGUCCUGUAUAUCUUUUUAUAUUUCAUUAUUUGUGGCUAAGAGUUGGUAUAUGACUUAAUGCUUAUUUAUGACAUAUUAGUAUAACAUGCAGAUGUAUAGUGCAGUUCUUGAGUGAUAAUUCUUGGUGGAAUGCUAAAAAUUUACUAUUUGCUUAUAAAAACCUGUGAAACCAUUGGAAAGCAUUAUUAAUGAAGUCAUAAAGUAGAAACUGGUAAAAAUUCCAGUCUUAGGUGGCAUUAGUGGAUGAGCCUUUACUUUAUAGAAACAGUAAUAUUUAAUUUGGUAUUACAUUAUAUGAUGUUUGCUAUUCUUCAAGUAGUUAAACCAAGCUUUGGACUACUAAUUAUUCUAAUUUGUAGGUUCAGAUCACUUAAGCUCUGGAG